AUGGCAUCCUCACCCUCGUCCCCGAGAACGCUCGCCUCCGCGUGCGAAUCCCCUUCGCCGCCAGAAGCCAUGCCCCCACACAGUCGCUCCCAAGGGCGAGAUGUCCACAUCUACGACCGGAAGGAUUCUACUGAAAUUGGCGGCUUGAUCCUUCGGCCUGGCGUUACAAAUGCCAACUUCUACGCAAUGAUCGAGAUAAUUGUCAUAUUUCAGAGCUCCUUCUUUCUUCAAGAUGAGAACGAAACGAGGAUCGAGAAAGACGACCAGCCACUUCAACCUGGAAAAUAUUACAUUGUUGCUAGUCAGCCCUUUCACCUCAACAACGAGCAAGUCGUCGCCCGAACAAUCACCCAAUCUACCGGAACCCGUACGCAUGCCUUUCAGGAUGCUGUUCGUCUACGAGAUCGUCAAUGCAUUAUAUCCGGACAACCUGUACCUCGGCUCGGUGGGGACUACCUCUGGAGAAGAUUUGAGGCUGCACAUAUUUUCCCAAUCGCGAAAGAAGAUCUCUGGAGAGACUACAACUACGAUCGGUGGAUCACAAUUCCACCACGAUGGGGAGGAUCUAUCAACUCAGUGCAGAAUGGAUUAUUACUCAAGCGUGAUAUCCAUGCACUCUUCGACGCAUUCGAUAUCUCGAUCAAUCCGGACGAUAACUACAAGGUUGUGGCCUUUACACUUGUAGAAGAUGAUUUUGAGGGCAAGUAUCUUGAUCGGGAGCUAUUCACUCGCCCUGAUGCGCCUAUUGAUCAGCUUUUGCGAUGGCACUUCAGACAGGCUGUCUUGACGAACAUGAGAGGUGCUGGAGAGCCGAUUUUCGAAGACGACUUCCCACCUGGUUCUGAUAUCGUUGGUCAGAUACUUCGGGGCCCGAAAGCAGGUGAAAGAAUGGAAUUUGAGCUAUUCAACCGUCUCGGCGCUCAAAUGGAGUUGUUUCCGACAGCAGGUGAAGGUCAGUGA